UUUUUAAGAGAGUUCGAAAUGCCAAAGAGUCAAGUUCUCAGUGUGGUCGAAUACUCUGCUUAAUAAUCUGUUGUGGCUGGCUUAGCCAAAACGGAGUACAAACCUCUCCUGUUUUGCAUUAAAAAUCGAAAGAUCACAUGGCUCCUAUUCCUCUGCUUGUUUUCUUAUUUCUCAUCGCUCAUUCUAUGCUUCCAAGCUCUGCUGAAAAAAAGGGUUCCCUUCCAAAAUGUCCACCAGUGCUUUGUGGAAAUGAUGACCAGAAUGAUUUCUCUUUUAACAAUACUAUGAGUCCUGAAUGUGGGGAGCUCAAAGUGAAAUGUUCAGAAGAUGGACCGAGGAUCCAAUUCAAACGAGAAGGGUACUGGUAUAGAAUUGAGAGAAUCUCCCAGCUACAUUCUAAAAUUUCUAUUGUUGUUAAGGAGGAAGCAGUACCGUUUCCGCCGCCGGAUUCUAACGAACGACGUUGCCAAUUUAUCAAUGAACACUCACUUCCGAGCCCAACUGAUUCAUCGCAUUUCUCUUCCUAUAACUAUACGGCUGACAACUUAUCAACGAUUUACAAUUGCGGCAGAAAUCUUUGCGUUACCUCAAAAGAUUUUGAUGAAACUAAUUGCACAGGGUAUGAUUUGCACUACAAUCUUUCGUAUGGACAACAACGAUGUCCAAAUAUAACGCUUCCAUUUUCACUUCCACCACCACCACCACCACCACCUCCACCUCCACCUCCACUUCCACCACCACCACCACCACCUCCAACAAUUCAUUUCAAUUUCAAAGUGCAAAUAAGCCCAACUUGUUUGGGAUGUCACAUUGAAGGAGGAAAUUGCCACGAUUUUCACCACGAAGAUCAAUUUCGGUGUAUUUUGCCGCAUAAAGGACAAAAGAAGAAACUGAGCUUAGGACUAGGACUAGGACUAGGACUAGGGUUCGGUUUGGGAGUUCUUUUAACUGUAAUCAGCUUGGCAAUCAUUUUGUGGCGCAGGAAACAAAAACGUCAAAAAGGUUCUGCUUCAAGGAACAUGGCUGAUCCGUACAUGAAUAUGGAGGAUCCAUGGGGCCCUAGUAGUUACUAUCUUGGGGUCUUUGUCUUUUCCUACAAAGAUCUCAAUGAAGCCACUAAUAACUUCGAUGCUGAGAAAAAUCUUGGACAUGGAGGUUUUGGAACUGUUUACCAUGGCAAACUCAAAGAUGGGAGGGAAGUAGCAGUGAAGCGCUUAUACGAGCACAAUUAUAAAAGAGUAGAACAAUUUACAAAUGAGAUCGAAAUUCUUACACGCCUGCGCCACAAAAACCUGGUAUCUCUCUAUGGCUGCACUUCACGCCGCUGUCAGGAACUCCUCCUCGUCUACGAGUACAUCCCCAAUGGCACAGUUGCAGAUCAUCUCCACGGAGAUCGUGCCAAAACCAGCCCCCUAACCUGGCCAAUCCGUCUGAGCAUCGCCAUUGAAACAGCCAGUGCUUUGGCCUACCUCCAUGCUUCAGACGUAGUCCACCGCGAUGUCAAGACAACCAACAUUCUCCUAGACAACAACUUUUGUGUCAAAGUUGCGGACUUCGGCCUAUCACGGCUGUUCCCCAACGAUGUCACUCACGUCUCAACUGCUCCACAGGGGACCCCUGGCUACGUUGAUCCAGAAUAUCAUCAAUGCUAUCAGCUGACUAGUAAAAGUGAUGUUUAUAGCUUUGGAGUAGUUUUGAUCGAGCUCCUAUCAUCCAUGCCCGCGGUUGAUACAACAAGACAUAAGCGUGAGAUUAAUCUCUCUAACUUGGCAAUAUGCAAGAUUCAAAAACGAGCUUACAAUGAGCUGAUUGAUCAGGGUCUUGGCUUUGAUUCAGAUACUGAAGUUAGAACGAUGACCAUUGCAGUAGCAGAGUUAGCUUUCGAGUGUUUGCAACAAGAUAAGGAAAUGAGGCCUACAAUGGAUGAGGUUCUGGAGAGAUUGAGGAGAAUCAAAGAUGGGAAAAUUGAGACUCACGUUUUUGAUGAUUUUGAGUUGAAUAUGAGUAUUGUACACCUGCCGCCACCACCUUCACCUGAUUGUGAUAAGGUUGGGUUGUUAGAGAAGAUAAAACAUGAACAGUCACCAUCGCCCAAUGCUGUGACAGAAAACUGGUGUAGUAGUACAUCUACCACGCCUAAUUUUAGUGGCUAAAAGUCCUAUUAUUCACUCACACAUCUGCUAAAAUUUGAAUAGAAUGGUAUAACUAGUCAUGUUUGUGGUUCGUAAAUGUAGUAAUUAAGCAAGUUAUGGCUCCAAAUUUAUUUUUGUUUUUCCUA